AUGGGUAGCAAAAGAAAGCUUUCAGCUCAAGAUGCUGCAGUUGCAGCCCCUGCGGCCAAAAAACAACAAAAAACGAAGAAGCCCGUGGAAAUCCCUGCUCCUCUCGAUACAUCUCCAUUUGUCAACAACCCAAAAGGGGACCACUUGAAGCGUGAAGUCAAGCUUUACGACAUGCUGAGUAGUGAGGACGAUUUUCAGAGACUGGAUGCCGCUAACUCGAUUGUUUCCGGGUUAUUGGGUGAAGACGGAGUCGAGGAAUCAACACUACAAAGGCACUUGGAGAGAAGAUUGUUUCGGGGGCUUGCGAGUGGUAGAAAGGGUGCGCGAUUGGGCUUCAGUAUUGUCCUUUCGGAACUAUUGGCACAGCUCUUUGGUCCAGCGAAUCUGUGUGCGACUAAAUAUCCUGGAUUGACCUUCGAUAACGUCUUUGAAUUCUUGAUUCUCAAGACAAAACCCGAUGGUGAUCUCAGCGGACAGGAAGAGAAAGAUCAUGCUCUUGGCUUGUUAUUUGGACUACAGUGCUUUGUCAGGUCCAAGGUACUCUUUUCAAUUGAUGGAAAAUGGGAAUUAAUUUUGGACAAACUAUUGGAAUUAUCGAAUAGAAAGUCCUGGACUCGGGAAGAAUGCGGCUGGGUUAUUAUGGAAGCUUUGGAGCAGAUGGAUCAAGCCCAGGCGGAAUCGACUUUGAACAAAUUGUGCGAUGCUGGAUUGGGACUUUCGCCAGAAGGUGUCGGUAUUUGGCUCAGAGCAAGGGGUAAAUUCCCAAAAAUGGAUUUUCCAAGCAAACCUUGGGGCCAGAGUGGUAACCCAUUGGAGCAUCUCAACUCUCUUGCAAAGGCUCUCAAAGAAAGCUCGGCCAGCGAGGAAAGUUCAAGUAACGGACAACAAGCUAAGCAAACUGGGACGUGGAAUGCAAAGUUGCAUUUUGUCUGGGACAUUGUCUUGAGUCAGUACGUCAAAGCAGCUAACAGCAAAUCGAAAAACAUAAUGUCAGAAUUUGACAAAUUCUGGAAGGUUACUGUUGAUGAAAAUCUUUUUUCCGCAUCUGCAUCAAGAGAACGUAAGUUCUGGGGCUUUUUGGUUUUCCAAAAGAUGAUUCAAAGCCAUAUUUCAUGCACGACACUCAUCACUAGCAUUUUCAGCCAUAACCUUGUCCGUUGUCUCAUCAAUCACGUCCAGGAGAAAGACCGUUUCCUAAACCGAGCCGCGGACAAGUCGCUAAAGGUUUUGACACACGCAAUUGAAGAGAGCCCUGAAGCAUUAGUUGUUGUCCUCCAGGGGUUGAUUGAUGGCAAUGGCGCAUACAGUUUUGACCGAGUCACCAAGACAAAAACGGUGGAAAAGCUUCUGAGCAUGGUUGAUGACACAAAUGGCGAAGCUGUCCUCGACGUUCUCAUGUCACCAGUUCUGGUCGUGCCAAACUCGGAAACCAAUGACGCCGAAAAACGUCGGCAAAUGUUCGGAGACUACGUUCUGACUGCAAUCCGCCAUGUUGACGUUGCAGAAGCAUCAGAAGCAUCAAGUUGGAUUAAAACUGCUGCGUUGCCCCAGCUUGCCUCUUUGGCAUACUCGAACAACUCAGAAGCCAGACCUCCCAUCUCUGAAAGCACUCGAACAUUAAUGAGAAAUCGAUUGACAUCCGCUUUUACUCAUCUAUUAUCUAAUAUGGAUGGCUAUCACUACCCAUGCGAUUUGGUGCUUUCUUGCACACCUGAUGCAGUUGCUAUGGAUGGGCUCAUCACCAAAGCCAAAGACGAUGCAUUCACUACAUUACAGAAGCUUAUGAAGAAAGCAAAGAAAGAAGGAGGAAAGGAUAGGGCAACAUUCCAGACCUUGUCCCUCUUAUAUGCUUUGGUAAUCUUUCAAUUGUACAAUGGCGACGUUGAAGCUCUUUCUAUUCUCGACGAGUUGAAGCUGUGUUACGACAACUUAAUUCGACAUAAAUCAACGGAGGAUUCGGAAGUGGAGCCCUUCGAAGUUCUCGUUGAACUCCUAUUGUCUUUCCUUUCUAGACCGUCCGCCCUUCUUCGAAAAGUCACGCAACAUGUGUUUACCGCAUUCAUGAGUGAGAUGACUGAAGGUGGUUUAAAACUCAUGACGGAUGUAUUGGAAACUGGCGAAAAUAUGAGAGGGCAACAGGAGAUGUUCGAUGAAAACCCAGAUGAUGAAGACGCGAUGGAUAUUGAUGGAGAAGAUGAUGAAAUGGAUUCGGAUGUCGAAGUUGUUGAUAUGAAUGGCGAGGAGGGCCACUUGAACUCGCACCUCGCGGAUGAAGAGGAAAAGAGCGACGAAGAGGAUGACGAGGAAGAAUCUGGAAACGAAGAAGAUGGUGAAGAUGAUGAGGCCAACAAAGAACUCAAUGAUGCAUUAGCGAAGAUUCUUGGCACCUCCGGGUUAGAUCAAGAUAACGAAGACGAGGAUGGCGGUAGCGAUUCUGACAUGACCGAUUCAGGGAUGGAUGCUUUAACUCCAAAACUUGAGGAGGUUCUUGGACGAAUGCAAAAGAAGGGGCCAAGCAAGAAACAAGAACAAAAGGGCGCCAAAGAAAACAUGAUCAACUUCAAGAGUCGAGUUUUGGACCUUCUUGAGAUUUAUGCUAAGAAGCAAGCAUCUAAUCCUCUAGCUGCGGAGAUCCUACUACCUCUACUGCGCUUAAUCCGUACCACCAAAGCCAAGCAUUUGAGUGAUAAGGCAUUCUCGAUAGUUCAGUCUUUCGCAAAGUCCAGAUCGAAGGCAUCGUCUUCGGAAGCCGAGGUGGAGCUUAAUGUCAAGGCACACAUUGCACUGAUCAAGGGUAUCCACGAGGAAGUACUCAAGGAUCAGUCAAAGAUAUUCGCAAAAGCCGCCAGUACAGCGAGUUUGUCUUUGGCCUCUGGGAUAUACAGGGCGGAUAAGAGUCAAUUUGAGAAGAUUGGCAAGGUUUACCUGCACACUAUGACGAAGUGUGAUGUUGAAGGCGUCAAGAUUCAAGCGAGCUUUAUUAGCGACUGGGUUAAUUGGUGGCAAAGUCAUAUUGCUCAAGCUGGAGCUGGAGCCGCUGCAAAGGAAGAGUAG